CCCCGACCGCUAAGUCGAACCAAGAACGCGACGGGGGAGAGAUGCUCCGCUCCUCCGCAAGCUCCCUCCUCCGACCCCGGCGGUUCUCCUCCCUUGCUGACGGAAGCUUCGGCGGAGACGCCAGCAGCAGCGUCUCGGAAAAGAUUGCCGUCGCCGUGCUAUUCGAGCGGCUUCCAGUUGUCAUCCCCAAGACGGAUCCCGUCGUCUACGCCGUCCAAGAAUUAUCGUUAGAUUGCAGAAGAGAAGAAGCAUCGCAAUCUUUGUGGCCGUUCAAGAAAGAAGAGAGUGACAAAAAAGAUAACAGAAGAAGAAGAAGAUACAACAACAUACAGCAGCAAUCUUUAUCCUUUUAGACAGACUCGAAGAUCAUAGCAUU